UGACAUUUCGAAAAUGGUCGUUAUUCCACAUUUAAAUAUUUGACACGGACUGUAUUUGGUUGGACAGACAUUCGAUGUAGAUGAGUUUUUGCAUCAUUUACGUUCUGGUUUUCAGUUCUCAUUAUUUACAAGGAAGAUAAGGUUGCAAAUUGACCGUCCAUGUGUCUUCUACCUAAAUUCUAUUGAAAUGUUACAGGUCCAAUGGCUUUUUUCAGACUUGUUAGUUAUUUUCCUAGGCCAUCUUAAUAAUGGAAAAUGUGCGAUUUACAAAACUAGAGAAGCAAAGAGAACUUCUUCUCAACAAACAAAGGCAAAAGUAUGCACAUCAAGUGUUGUCACUUCAAAAACGUACAGAAAGUGCUGGUAUCAGUAGUCGUAAAGCUAAUAGCUGGAGAGAAAACAAAUUAUCAAGUCAAUCGGCUUUAGGUUUCCCAAUAAAAGAUAGAACUGGUGAAAAUUAUUAUGCAUAUGACGGUCCGCAAUCAUGUGAUACAUCAAACCCUGAUGAUUUUUCUACAAGUGAAGUUCAAGUUAUUCAUGUACUCACAAAACCUACUCCUUCGGGACAACCAAGAUUUGAUCAAACAGUAAGGCGCAAACUAAACUCCGAAGCAAAACAAGAUAAUGUAGUGGAUAGUGAAGAUUACAAAAGUACUGAUAGUCUGAAUAAUCUAACCAUCACACGGUCGAGUACUAUGUUGUCUUCUCUUGACCAAGAUACCUAUCUGGCUUCUACUGAGGAUAGUGAUGGCGAAAAUGAAAUUGCGGAGUCUCACUCUGGUUUUAUGACUCAGAAACAAGUAGUGAAGAUAUCUGACAAUCCCAAUAGUCAUCUUCAUAAGGAUAGUUAUAGCGGAGUCACGAAUUUUAGCAAAUACAACAGCGAAAACUCGAAUACUGGUAAUAAUGCGAAUCCUGUUGAGAAGACAAACGCUACUCAGGAGUGUGAAGACUUAAAGUAUGGUGAGGCACCUCAGUCCUUACUUUUAGAUCCAACUAGGAACUUGGAAGAAUUCAUCAUGAAACCUGCUCCUCAGGGUGUGACCAUACGUUGUCGUAUUACACGAGACAAACGAGGUGUCGAUCGUGGAAUUUUUCCAUCAUACUAUCUUCAUCUUGAAAAAGAAGACUGUAAGUUCUUCUUACUUGCAGCCAGGCGUCGCAAGCGAUCAACAACGAGUAACUAUGUGAUUUCUUGUGAUGCCACCAAUUUAUCUCGUGAUGCAAUUAGUUUUGCCGGGAAACUGCGCUCUAACUUUCUGGGUACUCAUUUUACUGUGUACGGCUGUGAAUCAAAAUCACGAGAUAGUGAAUCCUUAAAUUCAGGGGACAAGGUAAAUGAUUCUGGUUCGAUAACGACAACUACUAAGACACACAAUAUGCUAGAGCUUGCUGCAAUCAUAUACGAUAAAAACGUACUGGGUUUCAAAGGACCAAGGAGAAUGACUAUUAUUUUGCCGCGCUUAAGUGCUACUUGUCAGCACUUUUCAUGUCCUGGAAAUGAUACUACCUGGCUAAUCGACUCAUGGCGGAGAAAAGAUAUGCAGAACGUUCUACAACUACAAAACAAGAAUCCUGUUUGGAAUGAAGAGACCCAAUCAUACGUGCUCAAUUUUCAUGGUCGCGUCACGCAAGCUUCGGUGAAGAACUUUCAAAUCGUACACAGAAGUGACGAUGAAUACAUACUUAUGCAAUUUGGACGUAUCUCUGAGGACGUCUUCACAAUGGACUAUACGUAUCCUAUGUGUGCCCUACAAGCAUUUGGGAUCGCUUUAUCUUCCUUUGAUAGUAAAUUAGCAUGCGAAUAGUUAUCUUUGCAUUUAUUACGAAUUAUGACUUUACAAGCUUUAUGUAGACUACUAAAAACGGAGUCUACUUAUUUUUUGCCAAAUUAUAUACUUUCCCACAGCACAUACCAAAUUCUCAAUAUGAUAUAUUCAACCUUCAGCAACCUCAAUAGCCAUAAGUUCUGCCGUUAUGUCACUAAAAUAUCCGAUUUACAUAGUCUGUAACAACCGAUUUUACAUCCACUUAUAUUUGUACAUCAUGUCAACCUAGAUCUGAACACAAAGAUCCUAUUGUUGAAACAUGGAUAACUAUAAAAACAACUAUUCUAAAGUAUUACUCAGUAGUUUAAAAAUUGUUUAUAAAUGUUUCUUAGUUAUCUAACUUGGUUUUUAGUAACUCUUCUUAUUUGAUCAUACACUACUUCAAAUAGUAUUUGCAAUAGACAUACGAUUGUAAAACGGUUCAAAUUACACAGAUUAUUUUGAAUCCUAAUUGCUUUUAAUGGUUAACUAUCGUCUGGC